AGCAGGCGGCUCUUAUUAUUUCUACAAGAGGACCGUCUGGUAGCAUGACGGGAGACAACAACCCAAGCUGACCACAAGAGCACAGGCAGAGCAAGAAUAAAUGCAUAAACUGCGGAGUUUCUCUGUCGCCAAAUUGGCUGGAGUUUUCAGCAGAUUGUCGUCAAGACUACAUAGGACAGAUGGAAGACCUUCAGCUCCACUUGGGUCACGGAUUCUGACCAAUACUGAUGACAUCUUUGAGCACAACAUGUGGGAUCACGUGCAAUGGACGGAAGAGGAAAAAGAAAACGCACGACAGAAGGCAAAAGAAAAUUCCUGCAUACACAUUCCUUUAGAGGAACAAGGUAAAUUUGACACAGAGGCUUGCCAAUACUGGGACAAGUUUUACAAGAUGCACCAGGAAAAGUUCUUUAAAGAUCGCAAGUGGCUGUUUUUAGAGUUCCCAGAACUGCUUCCUUCAGGUGCAAAAAGUCAAACCACAAACGGGCGUCUGGGUGAUCAGCAGGCGUCACUCCCGCAACCGACUGGAUCCAGCACAGACACAGAGACUCGACACCGGCAACACAACGGACCCACACACCAUCACAGAAAUGCAGACACCCCCAAUCAUCAGACAGAGUCCGGUCAGGGAGCAGCACCGGAUAGGAAUGAAGCUGCCAUACAAGCUGCUACUUUCCCUGGCCAGCAUGCAUCCUUCAGGAUCUUGGAGGUCGGAUGUGGGGUUGGUAACAGCGUAUUUCCCAUCGUUAAUUCCAUAAAAGAAACAGACGUAUAUUUAUACUGUUGUGACUUCUCCCCAUGUGCCAUUCAGCUGGUCAAGGACCAUCCAGACUACAAUGACUCUGUGUGUCACGCAUUUGUCCAUGACAUUUGCGAGGAGAUGGCCUCCUUUCCAUUCCCUCCUCGGAGCCUGGAUGUUAUUCUGGCAGUCUUUGUGCUCUCCUCCAUUCAUCCGGAGCGAAUGCAAGGAAUUGUGAACCGACUAUCUACAUACCUGAAACAUGGAGGGACAUUUCUCUUCCGUGAUUAUGGGAGAUAUGACUUCUCACAGCUCAGGUUUAAGAGAGGACGGUGCUUAUCAGAAAAUUUCUAUACACGAGGAGAUGGAACCUGCGUGUACUUUUUCACUAAAGAAGAGGUUCAUGAUUUAUUUUCCAGUGCUGGACUGGAAGAAAUUCAGAAUCUGGAGGACAGACGACUCCAAGUGAACAGAGGAAAGAAAGUUGCAAUGCACCGAGUUUGGAUGCAGAGCAAGUACAGGAAAUUAUAUCCACCUCCACCAUCUUAACAUCCCACUACGCACUGGCCUUUUGUUUUAUUCUUUGCUCUAUUCAUUCAAUCCUGAAAAACUGUUAUAACCAAAUGAGUAUGUGUUCUACCACAAAACUGUAUGCAA